AUGGGCAACAGCGGCACGAGCAUGGAGGAGCUGCAGGCCUGCGAGAGUCAUCAGUGGUACCGCAAGUUCAUGACCGAGUGUCCCUCUGGGCUUCUCAGCUUCUACGAGUUCAAGCAGUUUUUUGGACUGAAGAACCUGACGGAGACGUCGGACGCUUACGUCAGGACCAUGUUUACAACGUUCGACAUGAAUUCGGAUGGCUUCAUUGACUUCAUGGAGUAUGUGGCAGCCCUGAGUCUGGUUCUGAAGGGGGGAGUGCAGCAGAAGCUCCGCUGGUACUUUAAGCUGUAUGACAUCGAUGGAAGCGGCUGCAUCGAUCGUGACGAGCUGCUCAUCAUUAUUAAGUCCAUCCGGGCGAUCAACGGAGUUCAGUACGAGACGACAGCUGAAGACUUCGCCAACAUGAUUUUCGAUAAAAUUGACGUUGAUGGAGACGGUGAACUGUCUUAUGAAGAGUUCAUGGAGGGCGUCUUGAGUGAUGAACACCUUCUAAAGACACUAACAGAGUGUCUGGACCUCACACACAUCGUCCAAAUGAUUCAAGGAGACCUGAGAGUAAGCACUGAGCUGGCCACGAAUUCUUCAUCGAAGUGAAACUACGCAUGACUGGAGUUCCCAGACCAAGACUGGAGCCUCGAAAUGUUGUGUUCAACUAAAACACAGCCUCAUUCAGAGUACUGGCAACUUCACAGUGCUCAGAUGAAAGAUGGACAUUAUCAAUGUCGACUCUGUGCCAUUU